GUGUUAUGAAAAAUCUUUUACUAUUAAGAUACUUAUUUACGUAUUUUCUGUGUGCCUAAAACAAUUUUGUUCUAAAGUCAAUAAUCAAAUUAACCAUUUUACUUCUUUUUUUGUUUUGUUUUAAUCUAACGGAAAUCACCAGUACACACAUUCUUUCCAGUAUUAUUUAAAUUAAAACAUGCACAUUCGCUAAAAGCAAGCAACCACAAUGACAAUGUUUACUACUAAAGAUACUUUUAAAUGUUUGGCUAAUAAAUACAUACAAAUUAAACAAUUUUCAAUGUUCAUUUAUUUAUGCUUAUUAACAAUUAUACUACCGCAAAUUAUUGAUCAAUUCAAAAUAUCAUCUAGUGUAAAUGGUCAAAAUAUCCUAAGGUAUGAACCGAAUUAUACACAAAAACAAAACAAAGAAUUUACCAAAAUAUAUGAUAAUUAUCCUAGGAAUUAUUCAAUGGAUAUUGCUAACACAUCCAGUGUGAAUCAUCUUCCAGUUCAACAACACAAUACAAUGAAAAAUUCUUGGAGUUCUGAUUGGUUUGAAAAUAGAAUUAUGAGAAAAGUGCACAAUCAAAAGAAUAAUUAUGAUGAAACGUUUAAGCCGCACUUAGACAACGAACAAGUAACAAACCCAAAGCCCAAUCUUCAUAGUUCGUCAUCUGAUCUGGAUCCUAGUACAGUGGAUACAGGUUACUGGGAUGAGGAUUACUUGGAUAUGAACGAUGAACCUGAAUACUCACAUAAUCCACUCGAAUACAUAAACAUAGAUAAAAUUCUUGAACGAGACAGACGUCAAGUAUCUCCAGUAGCGCAUUAUAUUCUAUCACCGUUAAUCAAUAACCCAAGAAGAAGUUCAGCUAUGUAUCAUCCAUCCUUAUCAUAUUUAACAUCUCCAUCCUCAACAAGGUUAAACCUAAAAAAGUCAAUGAAUCAACGUCUUCUAAAUCGCAAUACUGAAAAUGAUAUAUUCAACUUCGUAUUUCAGUUUGUGCGAUAUAAUCAAACAUCGAUGGAUUUAAUAGCAGCAUUCAAUUUGAUAUUUGAAUGGGAACGUUAUAAACUUAUGCAACAGCUACAAAUUCAACGUGAACAAAAAUUGAAGUUACUUCGUUAUAAACAAGAACACCGACGUCUCGAUGAAUAUCGUCGUUAUCUACGACAUUUUUCAACUAAGCUAACAAAUGAAAAAGCAAAACAAUUCAAAAAUGUACAGAGUUUUUAUGAUUUUAAGAAAAUUAUUGUCGGUGCGAAAGGAGUCAAAGGAGGUGUUAAAAGUAAUAGGAAUAAUGUCAGAGACAAUCGCAAAAUUGUAGAUUACAAUGAUAAUGUGAUUCACUCGCGUGUAGAUCUUCAGUCACUGGGAGAACAGCACAAAUCGCAUGAUUCAACUUCAUCUUCAAAUUUGUAUGAUAUGCAGUUUUCUGGUGGAAUCGGUGGUGGGAUAUUUGCAGACAGUUUAAGGCUAAGAAAGGCAAAUAGUCGUGAAGGUCGUGCAAUUAUUUCUGGUAGCAGUAGCAGUGAUGGACAGAAUACUUUGAAAACAAGUCUUGAAACAGAAUUUUCGCAUGUUUUCAAUCGAAACGGUAAGCAGAUAUCAAAAGAUUCGCUUGCGGAUGAGGUGAAAACCGACUCUGUAGGAUAUCAAACCGAUAAUGUUUAUUCUGAAGAGGAAUUGAAGAGAGCUUUUGAAAGCUAUCAAGAGUUUAAAAUGGUCUCAUGUCAACCACAAAAUCACACUCUGUGUACAGAGGCUUUUCUCCGGCUUAAUCAUAAUAAUCAACAAGAACAUCAACAUCAUAAUACCGCUCUUAUAAUACCUCGUGGUAUACAUGUUCAACGUUGUGGUCAACCGGAGAUUUCACGAUGUAAUUAUUAUUCCAACCAGUUUACAAACGACGAAGAAGAUUAUGAAUUUGCAUCAGUUCCAACUCUAUCAUCCAACAGUCAUACAAGUUAUGAUGAUCAAUAUUUAGAAAUAUUACACGAUAGAAAUCAACAUGCAUCAUGUAACUGUGAAACACUUGAAGAAGAGUGUCUUCCUUUAAAAGUUUCAUUGAAAACAUACGCUGUUGCUGUAAUGCAGAUUGCACCAUUUGAAAACUUCAAACAUUCAACUGAAUCGAUUGUAUUAACAAAUCAUCUUGAAUGUGGAUGUCAACCACGGUAGGUUAUUUCAAAGUUAAUUUUGUAUUAUAAAAAUUCGUGAAUUCACUCUAAUCGUCUGACAUAGAUUUGUGUGUAUAAAUGGCACAUGAAAAUAUUCGUUACACAACAAGCUCACAAUUCACUUUAGAAACGCCUUCACUUUUUUUUGAGACAAAAGUUAGUUAUGCAAUUCACUUUGUUUAUUAUUUUAAUUUGUACUCAUUUAGAUGACUCACUGUAUGCUAAAUGUUAUGAAGUAUUUUUCCAAUUUGUGUGUACCAUGUGCUUACUGUUGAGUCAUAGUUAUGAUUCUUAUAUUGUGGGCUUGCCUGAAAAUUAGGUCAUUUGAAAAUAUAAAAUUCACUGUUUUGUGCUUUUCAAGGUUUUCUGAAGGAUACAUUUAUUUAUAAAUUGUGUAGGCUGCUUAUUUUCAGAAUAAAAAAGGUAUACAAAUGUAAUUUCAAAUCCUAAAUUAUUACUUUCUUCAGUUCUACUCUCGGUUAUUUUAAAGUGUGAUUUUCGCGAAAUAGCUAUUUUGAUAUUGUGAAGUUUCUGGAAUCUAGUAAUCACAACUAAGUAAUGACUAAUUUUUUUUAGGAUAAGAAGUAAAACAUAUACACUAUGUCUGUGUUUAAAUGAAGAGUAGGUAUCAGUAUAAAAAGCCCAUAAAGCAUUUCCGCCAUAAAUGGCAUAGACGAGAUAUCCCGUGAUCUAUCAAAGGACGUGUGUGCUGCGCAGCAGUUCGUUCUGUCCUUUACAACUGUAAGGCACGGUCAAUGAAUGCGGAAGAUAUGGAAAGGCUAUCUGUCUUUGUCUUUGUGAUGCUACACUGAUUGAGACGGAUAGGAAACCUGUUGCACAUGUCAAGGAAUCGCCUUCCUCAACGAGCAGUGUUGGCUGACUGUGAAUCACGUUGGAAAAGAGUUAAGAUGGUCAAAUCAAAACCACGCAUCGGUCCAUGAAGACUGUGACAGUCGAUUUGAGCCAUGUAGGGAGGUAUACACUACCUGGUUAUGGUCGUCAGUAUAUUAUAAAGUAAUAGUUGAAGACUAUUAGUAAUAUGGUUCAAAAUACUUCUCAGUAGCACAGAUGGAUUCAAUCUUUUUAAUCUGUUAUAUUCAUUAAGUUCUCAUGUUCUCCCUUUUGUCGUUCAUUUCUGAUCACUAUAGGUCUUUCGAAGUUUUUAUUUUUUGUAUUUCUUGUGCAUUUAAUGAAGUGUGGCAGCUUAAACUGGUGCACUUCUGUGUAGAGUUCUACGUUGAAACUCAGUGAGUCAGGUAUCAGAGUGAGUAAACUGUAUUUAACGGAGGAAGCUAGUACGCUUGAUGGAUCAACUGGCAGCCUCAUUAAAUUAAAAUGCUUAAGCUCUUCUGAAUUUCUUAUUGUUUAAAUUAUGAAAUUAUUAUCAAAUGAUAAUAAUAUGAACUCGCGCGCCUACCUAAUGUGCUUCUAGCUAAACGCUUUUCAAACGCUCUUGAAGGAAAAACUUACAGAACUGAUUCUGUCUCCUCAUACAACAACACUAAGUCACACGAUAUAAUUAAGAUUAUUACUUUACAUAUAAAUCCUGUACAAAGAGGAAAUAUUUUGGAAGCAAAUACAGCGAAAAUUUCUGCCAACGACGCGUUCACAUAUUCUCUAAAAUAAAUCUUUAUUAUUAUUAUUAGUAUUAGUAUUAAGAAUAAGUCAGGGGAGUAUUUUUCUGAAUAAAUGAAACUGCAGGAAAUACUUCUGAAAAUAAUAUUUUAAAGUAAAUAUAAACAAAUGAUUACCAUGUUUUUAGUAAUUUAAUGGUUAUUAUCAUGGUAACUUGAUAAGCUUUCUAUUUUUUUUUGUUAUAUUUUCGACCAUGUGAAUAACAAAAUUACAAAAAAAAAUAGCUGUAGUAAUCGACUAUGCAUACCUCCGUUGAAAUUUAUAAUGCAUACUUUUUCCGACUGUGCAUGUGUCUGCCCAUCAAAUGAUAAAAGAUGUUUUGAAUUAUUGGAAGGAAAACGUCAGUUUACAGUUGAAGAAAUACCUUUGCCACUGAAUGGAUCAUAUAUUUUACCACCUUGCCGUUAUGGUGUAAUGGACGACUUACACUUAUACCAUAGACGGUGCCCUGGACCGGUUAGAAGUACAUUUCCAAAUAAAUAAAACGAAGAAGGCAAUAAUGAUAAUAUAACCUAUUUGAAACUCACUACUUAAAAGAUAUUAAGUAGUUUGACGUGAAAUGCUUUUAUAAUAUCUUUGAAAAUGAAGUAAAAUUUGAUGAAGUCGUGCAAUUUAUCAUAUUUUUAUAUUUUUUACAAUUUUAUCAUAUAUUUUCAUCAACAUUUGACGUUGUCUGUUUAACAUAAUUAGACGUAUCAACAUAAAACAUCACGCAUUUAGUAUUAUGAUUACUACUCUUUAUUGUAGGUUGAAUGCUGAGAUGAAGCUUUUGAAUGUGAACAAUUUUAAAAAAAUGUAAAUAAUUUCACUUGAUUAAUUUAAUUGAAACGAAGUUUGUCUCUCAGACCUUUUCAAUAAUGAUUCUCCUUUGAGAAUACUAAAAAUAACAAAACUAAUAACUUAAAGCCAGAAUUUUGUUUCAUUAACCCACUCAGUAGUUUGGAUUUAAUUACUGAUUAUUAAUAGAGUGAGGUACAAUAUGCUUCAAUUCAAAUACCAAAACAAUCAUUAUUACCAAUACUAAUACAACUAC